AUGUAUGCUCAUUUGGCAGCUGCACAGAUGGCACCUUCGGUGAAGUUUGAGGACAGCUCCCGAGACUUCAUCGAGCCAUGCGCUGAAAUGGAUCCGAACAGGAGUGGUCAUCUUCAAAUGGCUCGGAGUGGUAACGGUUCUAGAGGACAGAAGAUCGAUCUGCUUACUAACCACUUUGGAGUCAACUUCACAUCAAAAAGUCAACAUUUCUUCCAAUACAGUGUCGCUAUCACAUAUGAAGAUGGGAAUCCAGUUGAAGCCAAGGGUAUUGGCAGAAAGAUUCUUGCAAAAGUUCAAGAAACUUAUCAAACUGAUUUGGGUUCCAAACACUUUGCUUAUGAUGGCGACAAGACUCUUUUCACUGUUGGUCCUCUUCCCAACAACAAACUAGACUUCUCUGUCGUUCUUGAAGACAUGUCUUGUACCAGAAGCAACACCAGUACCAGUGACGCCAACACGAAAAGAUUAAGGCCUCAUAAUCAAUCCAAAAGAUUCAAUGUUGCAAUCAGCUUUGCUGCAAAAAUCUCAAUGCAAGCUAUUCAAGGUGCUCUUCAAGGAAAGGAAACAAAUGAUCUUCAAGAUGCUGUAAGAGUGUUGGAUGUUAUCCUGCGCCAGAAUGCAGCUACAAAAGGUUGUCUUCUUGUUCGUCAAUCUUUCUUCCACAAUGACGCAAAAUACUUUUCAAACAACCAUGGAGGUUUUCAUCUAUGCAGAGGAUUCCAUUCAAGCUUCAGAGCUACUCAGGGAGGCUUAUCCCUCAACAUUGAUGUUUCUUCUACAUUGAUAGUAUCACCUGGUCCUGUUAUUGAUUUCCUUACUUUAAAUCAAGAAGUGAGAGGUCCAUCCUCUAUCGACUGGAAAAAGGCUGAACGUACUCUCAAGAAUCUUAGACAUAAAGUCUACCCCUCGAAUCGAGAAUACAAGAUAACCGGACUAACUAGACUUCCUUGCAGAGACCAAACGUUUCUUUGGAAGCAAAAGCAAGGAAACGGGGAAACUAAGGAGGUUGAGGUUACAGUGUAUGAUUACUUCACUAAACAUCUUGAAAUUACAAUGCGUCAUUCAGGUGGCUUACCUUGCAUCAGUGUUGGUAAGCCAAAACGUCCUACUUACUUUCCCAUUGAGCAAUGUCAUCUUGUUUCUCUUCAACGCUAUACGAAAGCUCCUACAAUUUUUCAGAGGAGUAAACUUGUCAAAGAAUCAGUACAGAAACCACAAGAAAAGAUGAAUGUGUUAAACAACGCUAUUAAGGACAGUGGUUAUAAUAAUGACCCUAUGUUGCAAGACUGUGGUGUCAGCAUUGGCUCAAACUUCACUCAAGUGGAAGGCCGCGUCUUACCAACACCAAGGCUGAAAGUAGGCAAUGGAGAGGAGUUUCAACCUCGCGAUGGGCGUUGGAACUUCAAUUAUAAGAAACUUGUUGAGCCAGCUAUUGUUACUAGAUGGGUUCUUGUGAACUUCUCUGCUCGGUGUGAUACAAAAAGGCUUAUUUCUGACUUGAUUGGAUGUGGAAGGAUGAAAGGAAUCAACGUAGAACCUCCAUACAAAGUCGUAUUUCAAGAAGAUCCUGAUUAUAGGGGUGCACCAGCCAACAUCAGAGUACAAAAGAUGUUCGAGCAGAUGCAAUCUGAACUCAGAAAAGAAGGAAUAGAAGGAAAGCCAAAAUUCAUUCUUUGCAUUCUUGCCGAAAAGAAAAACUCUCUUGUUUAUGGGCCUUGGAAGAGGAGAAAUCUUGUUGAAGAAGGAAUUGUGACGCAGUGUAUUGCUCCUACCCCCAAAAUAAAUGAUCAGUAUCUCACAAAUGUUCUCCUCAAGAUAAAUGCCAAGCUUGGUGGACUGAACUCCCUGUUAGCUAUGGAGCGCUCACCCCGAGCAAUGAUGCCUUUAGUAACGCAAGUUUCUACCUUCAUUGUUGGGAUGGAUGUAUCCCAUGGUUCCCCUGGACAGUCUGACAUACCAUCAGUUGCUGCUGUUGUGGGAUCCAGAGAAUGGCCACUCAUCUCAAAAUAUAGGGCAUGUGUACGCACACAAUCUCGGAAAGUGGAAAUGAUUGAUAAUCUCUUCAAACCUGUCACAGACGAGAAUGGAAAACCCGUUGAUGAAGGAAUUUUCUGGGAGCUCUUGUUCGACUUUUACACAAGCUCGGGGAAUAGGAGACCUGAACACAUUAUCAUUUUCAGGGAUGGUGUGAGUGAGUCUCAGUUCGAUCAAGUUCUUAACAUUGAAUUGGAUCAGAUGAUCCAGGCAUGCAAGUUUGUUGAAGAAAAUUGGGAACCCAAGUUCACAGUGAUCAUUGCCCAAAAGAACCACCACACCAAAUUCUUCCAGGCUGAAAGCCCUGGCAAUGUUCCACCAGAUAAUGUUCCUCCAGGAACAAUAGUUGACAGCAAGAUCUGUCACCCACGCAACAAUGACUUCUAUCUCUGUGCCCAUAAUGGAAUGAUUGGAACUACAAGGCCAACACAUUACCAUGUGCUCUAUAAUGAGAUUGGAUUUUCGACAGAUGACGUCCAAGAACUUGUUCAUUCUCUAUCCUAUGUCUACCAGCGGAGCACAACUGCCAUCUCUGUAGUUGCGCCUAUAAUGUAUGCUCAUUUGGCAGCUGCACAGAUGGCAACUGCGAUGAAGUUUGAGGACAACUCCGAGACUUCAUCGAGCCAUGGUGGGAUUACAACAUCUGAAGCAGUACCUGUCUCUCCCAUGCCAAAGCUGAAGGUGGAUGUUGCAAGCUCUAUGUUCUUCUGUUGAAGCAUAUGGCUAUUUGACUCUAGAUCCCUUUCUGCCUAAGCAACAGAAUAAUAAUCGGUGUUGUGAUUUUCGUUUUAAAAAAUAUUUAGCAUCUUCACUCUGCCUUUGUUGGCGUUGGUUAAUC